AUGUCCACAGAUACUAUGUAUUUUAACAGUUCGAGAUUGUUAAGAACAAAUAGCAAAAACAAUACACCUGAUAUAAAAACAAAGAGCUAUUCGCCUGUCCACAAUAUUACAUCUACUAAUAAUAUUAACGUUGACAAUAUAAAUAAUAAUAAUAAUAAUAAUAAUAAGGAUUAUUAUAGAAGAAGAAAAAAUAACAAAACUAAUAGCACGGGAAAGGAUAACAAAUUCAGCAGAACCAACAAGAAUGUUAUGAUACCCAGAAUACAACUAUUGCCAAACGGAGAAAAACCAAAUUUUGGUGGUAACAAUGCUAAUAAUCAUGCAAAUAAAUGUGGCGUUGCAUCUGUUGCAUUCCAUUCUAAUAGCAAUGAAAAUGGAAACGAUAAGACAAGUCAAAAUUAUCAUUCAAGCAAAAAGGGAUCCUUCAAACAGCAGCAGAGGCAUGGUAGCAGUGAUAAUGAAGAUGUAACUAAGAAAGUGAAAGAAGUAUUGAACUUAAAGGGCAAUAAUGAAGGCUUAGAAGUAAUAGAGGGGAAAAAGCAAUCGAAAACCAACAAAAAAAGCAAAAAAACUGCUUGUGCUAAGGAAGAAACAACAACAGCCGCUGCAACUAAGAAGAACAAGAUAACCACAAAUAAAAAGAAUAAGUCUGUCUCAAGCGGUAAUAGGAAGGGAUCCUUGUCUUCAUCGCCUUCUUUAUCUUCUUCUGAACUCGAUGAAAAACUUGACCUAAAACCUGCCUCAGAAGUGAAUGCUGCAUCAGCUGCACCAAUAGCCUUAGAAAGUCCUGCUAUAUCUAAUGCCUUGGUUGUCCCUCAGCAACAUACUCCAGUUAUGUUGCCUCUGAAUGCUAAUAAUGUAGUUUCACCUAUUGCUUAUCCUCAUCCUCAUUUUUCUAAUUUUGGAGUACCUCCUAUGUUUCAACAGAUGCAACAGCAGAUGCAACAGCAGAUGCCUAAUUUUAUGUAUUAUACAGACAUGAAUAAUGCCCCUGUUUUUCAGCCAUCCCCAAACGGAAUUUUUAUGAACAAUAACGGCGUCAGCAUCAAUACUCCGCCCAUGUUUACUUCAAUUAGUGGUAAUAUACUAGGACCACAAUCACAACCACCAACAUCAAGUUCUUCUACUUCGAGUACUACCAGCUCUAUGUUUAUUAAUUCGAGUACAAAUACGAGCACUUCUACGUUAAAACAUAAGCAAACGACAACUGGACACAAUCAAAGCCAGAAUGGUGUACAAUAUGCUGGUGCUUCGUUUGCUUCCAAUGUCCCUACUAUUAGUAAAUUGCCAAAACCUAGCUUUUUAACAAGUUAA